AUGGGCACGGGUCCGACUGUCGACCUCGCGGGCAAGGAUGGGGGUUAUCGCCAUCUUCUCGAUCCUAACAAAAAGUGGUACAACAACCGAAGGCUCAUCGUUUUGAACGCGUGGCUUGUUUUGCUUCUCAUCACAUCCUCAACGAACGGGUACGACGGCAGUAUGAUGAACGCGCUGGAAUCUGAGAAACAAUGGAACACUUUUUUCGGGAACCCUGAGGGAGGCAAGCUCGGGCUAUUCAAUGCCAUCCAGAACAUAGGCUCUCUCGCAGGUUAUCCCUUCGCUCCGUACGUUGCCGAUGGGAUCGGGCGUCGCAAAUCAGUCUGGCUCGGUGCAUGUAUCAUGUGUGUCGCUGUGGCGAUCCAAACCGCUGCUAAGUCUUUCGGCAUGUUCAUCGGCGCAAGGUUCCUUAUAGGAUUCGGUCUCACAUUCGCUUCAAAUGCCGCGCCUAUGCUCGUCACAGAGCUAUCGUACCCACAAUACCGCGCCCCGUUGACUUCGAUGUACAAUGGACUGUGGAUCGCGGGUUCCAUUGUGUCGGCAUGGGUAACUUUCGGAACGCAAUUUAUGUCGGGAACAUGGUCCUGGCGUAUUCCUUCACUCUUGCAAGGCCUCCCUUCGAUCAUUCAAGCGUGCCUUGUACUCUUCGCUCCGGAGAGUCCGAGAUGGCUGGUCAGUAAGGGCAGGGAUGCCGAGGCGAUCGAGACGUUGGCGUACUAUCAUGCGGAUGGGAACAAGAAUGACCCACUCAUUGUUUAUGAGUACGAGGAGAUCAAGGCUGCUAUUGACUUCGAUAGGAGAGUUGCUGCAAACGUUGGAUAUAAGUCACUGUUCAGUACACCCGGGAACAGGCGCCGCAUGCGCAUCAUCAUCGCCCUUGCGUUCUUCAGCCAGUGGAGCGGAAACGGCCUCAUCUCGUACUACCUCAGCAGGGUCUUCGACACCAUAGGCAUAACAAGCUCCGUCAUCCAGCUGCUCAUUAACGCCAUCCUCCAAAUGUGGAGCUUCUUCUGGGCCAGCUUCGGCGCCUUCACGGUCGAGCGAUUCGGCCGUCGAGCCCUCUUCCUCUCCUCCGUCGCGGGCAUGACACUCUUCUUCACGCUGCAGACGGUGUGCUCCUCCAUCUACGCGCAGCGCGGGUCCGUGGCGGCGUCCCACACCGUGAUCGCGAUGAUCUUCCUGUUCGGCUCUUGUUAUUCAGUCGCGUUCAGCCCGCUCAUCGUGUCGUACACGGUCGAGAUCCUGCCGUACUCGGUCCGCGCGAAGGGCUUCAACGUCUUCAACUUCACCAUCUCGCUCGCGCUCGUCUUCAACCAGUACGUGAACCCGAUCGCGCUCGACAAGCUCGGCUGGAAGUACUACAUAUUCUACGUGUGCUGGCUCGCGUUCGAAGGCGCGUACUGCUACCUCUUCGUCGUCGAGACGAAGGGGCUCUCGCUCGAAGAGACGGCGGCGCUGUUCGACGGGGACGACGCGGCGGAGCGGAUCGCGCAGCACGCG